AUGUUUCGGUUAAAUUCAAAUAUUUUAACUUCUCUUACUCAAUGUCAACAACUCGCAGUUUUGUCAAUUAGAGGAAUUGCUCGUAUACCUCAUUGGGAGUACCACAUUCGAUUUGACCCCAAAGUGGGAAGGAAACGACCAGCACAGGAUGUUCUCGAUCGUUUUAGGCGUUUAAACAAUGAUGUACAAAAUGGUCACUCGAUCAUUUGCUAA